CGUCUUCGUCUUCCCAGUCUUGACUCGGAAGUCAAGCCAAGAUGAUGAUACCACUGUUCUUCGCCACCUUCCUGGUCAACUUUCCUCAUCAACUCGCGCAAUCAGACGCGAACAAUGGAUUAAUCAGGAUUGCUACGGUAUUAGGGGCAUCCGUGCUGCCCGUCGGAUUCGCCGCCGGGCCCAGAUAUGUUCCAAAAUGGAAGAAGCAGGCGUGUGAAAUACCAGCAUCCCAACACCCGAAUUCGCAUUACAUUUGCGACGAGGCUGGUGAAGUGAAAUGUUUGCCAGGAUGGACCGGAGAUCUUUGUGACGUACCGAUCUGCCGCAAAGGUUGUGAUCCUCUUCAAGGCUACUGUCGGCGACCAGGAGAAUGUCGUUGCAAAUUAGGUUUCUACGGCGAUCUGUGCGAUAAAUGCGUGGCUUUACCGGGAUGUCAGCAUGGAAGGUGUAACGUGAGCUUCGAGUGCUCCUGCGAUCCAGGUUGGAAAGGCAUGUUCUGCACCGAGCCCAUUUGCGCGCCCGAUUGCCUCUCCAGUCAGGGUUACUGCGAGAAACCCGGCGAAUGCAGAUGUCGUUUAGGUUGGCAAGGCCCUAAGUGCAAACAAUGCGCGGUUCUGCCGGGUUGCGCCCACGGGACCUGUCAAGGGCCCCUCGAGUGUCGAUGUGAUCCGGGUUGGACCGGACUACUUUGUCAAACACCGAUCUGCGCGCAAGGAUGCAGCCGGGAACACGGCGGUUGCAGACGGCCAGGCACAUGUAGAUGCCGCGUCGGUUGGACGGGACCCAAUUGCACUGAAUGCGUACCAUAUCCAGGAUGUGUGCAUGGAUCGUGUAAACGACCAUGGGAAUGUCGAUGCGAACCUGGCUGGGCCGGUGAUCUGUGUAACGAAAAGCUCACUUACUGCGAUGAGCAUCCUAAUACUUGUCGAAAUAACGCUACUUGCAUCAGCAUGACUCAUGAGGAUGGCGAUUACAGAUGCAUCUGUCCCUUGGGCUACAUGGGUCGACAAUGCCAGAUAAAAACUAUGAUACCAUCCAUGGAAUUGAUACCACCGAUGUCCGUCACUACUAUGGAAUUAUCGCAAGACGUUCAAGGUCUUGCGGACAAACCGAGUAUCGAGGAAACCUCGAACGAGGAUAAGCGCGGAGAAAAACCUCCUAAUGAAGAACAGACCGCGGAACCUCUCGGACCCAUCGUGAUCACGGAUCCACCGACCAGUACCACUGUAUCGAAUCCAGCCGCCACUGCGGGAAAAUGGCCAACGGAAGCGGCAACGACUGAAAGAGACGACGAAAACGAGACAUAAAAUUGAAUAAUCGCAUGAACGUUAAUUUAUUUAUUUAUUUUCUUACUUAUUUAUUUCUUUAUUUAUUUAAAGCCGUGCUCAAGCAAGAUUACUCCGAAAAAGUAAUCCGAUUCCUGUUCUCAUAACAUAAAUAUAUUUAAAAAAUGUAUAUUGUGUUAAAAGAAAUUGUUAUUUUAUCAUAUUAACUUGUUAAAUUUAAUAUACUUGAUCAAUUCAACGGUUAAUUUAUAAUUAUGAAAUACGUAUGCACAUCUAUAUGAUUAUUUGUGAUUGAAGAUAUCUAUUGGAAUAGAAACGAGAAUUUUAGCUCUUUCAGCUUUUUUUUACUGUCUUUUCUUUUAUUACUUUUUACUCUUAUU